GUUCUAACUUCUAUCUAUCGAUUUGUUCCGGUAUUCUCUCUAAACCUUUAUUUCAACAAGCUUUCCUUAGAGCUUUCAAGUACUAUAUAGGAAGAAGUCUUAAUUACUCAAACCACUACUAUCUUUCUUCUGCUGCUGAAUAGAGCCACCCACUCAAAAGUUAUCUCCAAAAUUGUCAGGGGAUUUCGAAUCUUCUGCUGCUUACAAGUUACAACCCCCCUACUUAUACUUGUUCUUCUGGGUCAUUAAUAUCUGUUGUGGAAUAACAAGAAAAAACUGACACUUCUAGGAAGCAAAUUAAAUCUGCCGGGUUCCGGUGAUGCCGGUGAUGGUUUCUCAGUGAUCACGUACUCCUCAUCAGGAUGGUGGCCGCGACGGCUUUGGUGGGCGGCCUGAGUUCUUUGAAAGAUCGCAAGAAACAUUCUUGUCUCUGGUUACCCAGGAAUACCUUCUUCUUCUUCACUCUCGUCCUGGUUUUUCUUUCCGGCUUCACUUUCUUCCACUUCUUCUCCUUGAAAAGAGAUGAGUACUUUCGUCCAAAGCUCAAGUCCACGUUGCAUAUUUUCCCGAUGCAAGCUGUUUCCGGCGAAUCAUCGCCGGCGACUCCGGCCAUCACAAUUCAAGAGACGGUAGCUCUUCCUGACCAGGUUCUGGUGUUCCUAAAGUACCCUCCGUCAACUCCGUUAUUUACCAAAGAUGACAUCAGAUGUUUAUACUUGUCCUCGCCCAACUCAACCAAUAAUCAUCAUCAUCAUGAUCAGCUUGAGCUCUUCCCAGAAUCAGUGGAGGACGAACACCUGGAUCGGCAGAUCGUACGGUGCCCACAUGUGCCACGUGGCUUGGUGGUUUCUGUUUCCUUCAAGGCCAAGGGCAACUUCCCAAUCGGGCCCAUAUAUCGGUGGGACUCAUUGGCCUAUGAGGCGAUGAUCGACCAUGACAACACCACGGUGGUUUUUGUCAAAGGUUUUAACCUACGGUCGGGACGGGUCUAUGACCCUUCCAAAUUCAAGUGCGUCUACGGUUGGGAUUUGUCGAGACCCAAGUCAACGUUGUUAUCCGACGCCGUUUCAGUAGCUCAGGAAAUUGUGCGUUGCAAGACGCCUAGGAGCAUCUUGACUGGGUCACACAAGAAUUGGCAUGGGAAUGUUUCAAUCAAGGUUUCGGUUAGGCUAGUUGGUAGGAGGAAGAUGUUGAAUUCAAUUGCAAGGCCCGACCGUUUGAAGCCCGGCCCAAAAGUCGAGAAACGGCACCAAAUGUGCAUUUGCACCAUGCUAAGAAAUCAAGCACGCUUUCCGGAAUGGGUGAUGUAUCACGCUCACAUUGGCGUGGAACAGUGGUUUAUUUACGAUAACAACAGUGUUGAUGACGUUAAGGACGUAAUCCAAUCAUUAAUUGAUGAUAGUUACAAUGUUUCGCGACAUGUGUGGCCGUGGAUCAAGUCCCAGGAAGCUGGAUUUGCUCACUGUGCUUUGCGGGCGGAUUCGUGUGAAUGGGUUGGAUUCAUCGACGUUGACGAAUUCUUUCACUUGCCAUCGGGCUUGUCACUCCAUGAUGUUCUCAAGAACCAGUCCAAGUCAAAAGAGAUCGUAGAGCUACGGGCCUCGUGUCACAACUUUGGCCCGUCGGGCCUUCGCAAGGUCCCCAUGGAAGGGGUAACCGUAGGGUACACUUGUCGAAAAGUCCCGGAGAGGCACAAGAGCAUAGUGAAACCUGAAGCACUGAAUGAUACAUUGAUCAAUAUGGUGCACCAUUUUCACUUGAAGGCUGGUUUGAGGCCAGCCAAUUUGGGCAAGAACAUGCUAGUCAUCAACCACUAUAAGUACCAAGUGUGGGAAGUGUUCAAGCAGAAAUUCGACAUGAGGGUGGCUACAUAUGUCUCUGAUUGGAAACAAAAGCGAAAUGGACGGUCCAAAGAUCGAACACCUGGUUUAGGGACCAGUACUGUUGAACCACCAGAUUGGACGAGCAGGUUUUGUCAGGUCAAGGACACUGGCUUGCGGGAUCGUAUAAUCGAUACGUUUGCUGAAACAAGGACCGGCAUGUUGCCGUGGCAAAAGAAUAUUAGCUGAGCCGGAAAAAUCAAUAACAGUUGCAGGUGGAGCUGGAGGAAGUGAACUGUGCAUGAGGAACGGAAUCCAAUCAGUAAAACCAAGAAGGUAACUCAGUGUCACGAGGAGGCCUUCUUGGAUUGUAGGGAUCGUAGGUAAGAUUCAAAUUACACUUACAAAGAAAAAAAUUUAAAAAUAGUGUUAAAAUAUUUCUUUGAAUUGUAUGCCUACUAGUUUCUAAUACAAAAAGCCUCUUUAGACUCUUCCUUUCUUGUAAAUUAGGAUAGAAUAGGUUAUACAAUUGUUAUCGUUACGAAUAAAAACAAAAAAACCAAGAAGGUACCAAGUGUUUUGUUAAUAGUAAACUCACUGUAUAUUGAUGCAAGAAAAAGAAAGAACUCUACAUAUUGGCUAGCUUUUUGUUCCUCCAUUUUAUUUUUCUUCCUGUAAUAAAUUGUUAGGGGUAUAGAGUACUGGCCUCAUUUUUUUUGUACUUAUGUGACAUUUUAACUGUUAGAAUACAAAUUAAUUGCAGGAGUUUGCCCA